AUGUCCACCAGUUAUCAAAUGCCCGAGCUGUACCCCGGCUGCCAAUUGCCCGAGUUGUCCACUAGUUGCCAACUGCUUGAGUUGUCCCCCGGCUGCCAAGUGCCCCAGCUGUCCCCCGGCUCGAGGACGCGAGCUGCCUCGUCGCCCUGGUCUCAGUCGACCAGACCCCGCGGGGCACUAGUGGACGGGGGUUGGCUGGUGUGCAGUGGAGUGUGGCUAGAGUGCAUGCAGGUGUGCAGUGGAGUUUGGCUAGAGUGCAUGCAGGUGUCCAGUGGAGUAUGGCUAGAGUGCAUGCAGGUGUGCAGUGGAGUGUGGCUAGAGUGCAUGCAGGUGUGCAGUGGAGUGUGGCUUGAGUGCAUGCAGGUGUGCAGUGGAGUGUGGCUAGAGUGCAUGCAGGUGUGCAGUGGAGUUUGGCUAGAGUGCAUGCAGGUGUCCAGUGGAGUAUGGCUAGAGUGCAUGCAGGUGUGCAGUGGAGUGUGGCUAGAGUGCAUGCAGGUGUGCAGUGGAGUGUGGCUUGAGUGCAUGCAGGUGUGCAGUGGAGUGUGGCUAGAGUGCAUGCAGGUGUGCAGUGGAGUGUGGCUAGAAUGCAUGCAGGUGUCCAGUGGAGUUUGGCUUGAGUGCAUGCAGGUGUGCAGUGGAGUAUGGCUAGAGUGCAUGCAGGUGUGCAGUGGAGUGUGGCUAGAGUGCAUGCAGGUGUGCAGUGGAGUAUGGCUAGAGUGCAUGCAGGUGUGCAGUGGAGUGUGGCUAGAGUGCAUGCAGGUGUGCAGUGGAGUGUGGCUAGAGUGCAUGCAGGUGUGCAGUGGAGUGUGGCUAGAGUGUAUGCAGGUGUGCAGUGGAGUGUGGCUAGAGUGCAUGCAGGUGUGCAGUGGAGUGUGGCUAGAGUGCAUGCAGGUGUGCAGUGGAGUGUGGCUAGAGUGCAUGCAGGUGUGCAGUGGAGUAUGGCUAGAGUGUAUGCAGGUGUGCAGUGGAGUGUGGCUAGAGUGCAUGCAGAUGUGCAGUGGAGUGUGGCUAGAGUGCAUGCAGGUGUGCAGUGGAGUGUGGCUAGAGUGCAUGCAGGUGUGCAGUGGAGUAUGGCUAGAGUGCAUGCAGGUGUGCAGUGGAGUGUGGCUAAAGUGCAUGCAGGAGUGCAGUGGAGUGUGGCUAGAGUGCAUGCAGGUGUGCAGUGGAGUGUGGCUAGAGUGCAUGCAGGUGUGCAGUGGAGUGUGGCUAAAGUGCAUGCAGGUGUGCAGUGGAGUGUGGCUAGAGUGCAUGCAGGUGUGCAGUGGAGUGUGGCUAGAGUGCAUGCAGGUGUGCAGUGGAGUGUGGCUAGAGUGCAUGCAGGUGUGCAGUGGAGUGUGGCUAGAGUGCAUGCAGGUGUGCAGUGGAGUAUGGCUAGAGUGCAUGCAGGUGUGCAGUGGAGUGUGGCUAGAGUGCAUGCAGGUGUGCAGUGGAGUGUGGCUAGAGUGCAUGCAGGUCGAGCCCAAGAGCCCAAUGGCGCCCCUGGGGCUGUCGUGA